AUGUUCAGAAACAACUACGACAACGACGCCGUCACCUUCUCCCCGCAAGGGCGGAUAUUCCAGGUCGAAUAUGCACAUGAAGCAGUGAAGCAAGGAUCUGUCGUCGUGGGAUUGGUGAACAAGACACAUGUAGUGCUGGUCGGCCUCAAGCGUAAUGCCGAAGAACUCUCCUCGUAUCAGAAGAAGAUCAUCGAGAUUGACUCGCACAUGGCCAUUGCCAUCGCCGGCCUAGCCUCAGAUGCCCGCGUUCUCUCCAACUUCAUGAAGCAGCAAUCGCUCGGCUCGAAGAUGACCUACGGCCGACCAAUCCCCGUUGACCGCAUCGUUUCACAAAUCGGUGACCGCGCGCAGACCAACACUCAGCACUAUGGAAAACGGCCGUACGGUGUGGGCCUAUUGGUGGCCGGUGUGGAUGAGGCCGGUCCGCACCUGUUUGAGUUCCAGCCUUCGGGCCUGACACACGAGAUGGUCGCCUGUGCUAUUGGCGCCCGCUCCCAGAUGGCGCGUACGUACCUGGAGCGGAAUCUCGAUAAGUUCGCCAAUUGCAGCCGUGACGAGCUGAUUAACCACGGCUUGCUGGCCCUCAAGGAGACUCUGUCGCAGGAUAAGGAGCUCACCGUUGAUAAUACUUCCGUUGGUGUGGUUGGACUGGCCCCCGAGGGCUCCAAGGGUCGGAUCGAGAGCUUCAAGCUGUAUGAGGGCCAGGAGACAGUGCCGUUGCUGGAGGCUCUUGAGCGGGCAGACGGUGCUGGAGAGGAGUCAAUGGAGGUCGACUCAUAA